CUUGUGUUGUUUUGGAAGUCACGGUUGUGUUGGGCUGUAGUAACAGUGUGCGCAAUUGCCAAUAUGUCAACUUGGACACGAUGCUGUUAUGCCAAACAUCUGAAUCCUGGAGGGAAGGUAAACUGGAUCUGAGAGACGCCCCACUUUAGCAGCUCAAUAUUGCAAUGCAGUCUUUUGGAUGUGCUGGGGAAAGUUGGCAGAGUGGUCUACGGUGGGAAAAUGAUUUAAACAUGCCAGACUUUGUAAUUUAAAAGGAGGAGGAAGCACAUUUUACUACUGGAAUGGUUUGCCUAAAAGGCGCAGAACACGGAACUUCAGAGCCGAAUAAUGGAUCAUUUACCCCAGCAAAAUCUGUUUGGAGCAGUCUAUAACUAACUUUACCUUUUUGAAGACUGAUGGAAGUUGACUACUGCCUCCAAAGCCAAGUACAUUCAUGUCCGAGGGAUUUCGUUAAACCGAUGAGUUUAGUCAUGGGUGAUCAUGGAUCUCAGUCCCAUCCACGGAGCUCUGGUCUGAGGGUGUCGACCAAGAGCAGAGCACCAUCCCCCCCAGGACUAAAGAAGCUGGAUUCCCCAGGUUAUUCCCAGUGGUACCCAGGAAACCUUCAUUUAGCCAUGGACCAGAAGGAGAACCUCAUUGAUAAAGACCUCUCUCUGGUCGUGGUUCUGCCUGACGGAGUGGAAGAAGUGACCACGGUGCAUGGAAGCAAACCUAUAAUGGACCUGUUAGUGACGCUUUGUGCAAAGUACCACCUGAACCCAUCAAGCCACACCUUAGAACUGGUCACCGCCAAGAAGAACAACACCAAACUCAAGCCACAUGCUCUCGUAGGAACUUUGGAUGCAGAGAAGAUCAUACUUAAGCCUAAAGGGGUGGAUAAAAACAAGAAGACCGGUCCUCAGAUGCCUGAGGCAACUGUUCGGAUGGUGAUAAACUACAAAAAGACCCAGAAGACUAUACUGCGAGUCAGUCCUCGAGUUCCCCUGUCUGAACACUUACCAGCAAUCUGUGAGAAAUGUGAAUUUGACAUGGGAACUACAGUUCUGUUGAGAGAUGGCCAAUCACUGGCCCCUUUGGACUUGUCCAACUCUCUUAAUGAUUAUGCAAUAAGGGAGGUUUAUGCAAGAGACAUGAGUGUCACGCCGGGCAAAGACAAAGAUCAAAAAGAGAAAGAAAAUAAAGGCCUCUUUAGCAAAUUUAGAAAAAGCAAGAAAAAAUCUGACCAGGCAACGACAGCCAGUGCUCCAGCUUCUCCUGUGCUUGUGAUCAAGCCUCGACCUCUCAGCAUGGCCUUACCUAGCUCCAAUUCGUCCUUGUAUAGCUCCACUACGCUACCUACAGAUGUGCCAAAGAAGAGACGUGCCCCCCAACCCCCACUUCUGGUGUCUCAGAGCUGCCCGUCCGAUUUCAGCAUUCGCCGGAGACUCAACUCUGAACCUAUUUGCCAGGUGGACGGCGACCCGAUGUCUGGUUUAAGCCGUGGCUCCUCGGCAGAGUCGUCGCUUAAGAGAACCAAACGCAAAGCUCCUCCGCCCCCCAAGUCCCCUAGCGCCGCUGUCCAAGAAAAACUUCCUCUGGACGAAACUUUGCAAGGUGGGGUAGCUGCAAACACACUGGAGGAGAUUAUGGAGCAAGAGGAGACCACUGCCUCUGUAAUGUCUGCAACUGCUAGUGAUACCCAGGGAGAGGACAGCAGCCUCAGCAUGUCUGCUGACGCUUCACUGCAUUCCCCGUCCCCAGAUACUGAGAUACUGAGCACAAUGUCCACGGAGGCAAAUGGGGAAGAUCAGUCUUGUGAUCUAUCCUCAGAUGGCAAUCAACUGCAGAGUACAGUGAAUGAGUCUGCCAGUGUGAGUGAUGUGAGGACAACUGAAGGCACAGACCAUUCUGAACUGGCAGAUAAUAAUAAUGGGCCAUGUCCAGUUGAACAUGUAAGCCAACAGGAGAUCUGUGAAGCGUCUGCACCUCAAAGUGCCAAGAUGGAUUGUAGCACUUUACCCAGCAGCUUUCCUCUGCCUCCUGUGAUGCAAGAUGCAGAAGCACAGGCCUCUGUUGAGACAAACACUGAAACCCUCCGGGAGCAGGCUGACAGACCUGAGAUCCCAGUGGCCACCAGCACAUCGCGCCCCAUUAAAGAGGAUGCUCAAGCGCAAACAGAUUUCACACCACUACCUGUGCCUCCACAACAACCCAUGGAUGAAAUCCCUUCCUCAGCUAAUUCAACUGCCUUUGAAACCGCCGGUAAAAAAGAUAUAGCCACUGGAACGGAGGAACUGGACGAGCCUGAUCUCAAAGAUUCUUUACCCCACACCUCAGAGACCUCAUCGUGCCAAGGUUCAACCCCAAGUGCUCCCGCCGCAACAAGGGCAACAUCUAUUUAUGCCACAAACUCUGAGCCAAAGCCCAAGCCUUCCAACGAGCUGACAAGAGAUUACAUCCCCAAGAUGGGGAUGACGACUUACACUAUCGUGCCUCAGAAAUCUCUGGACAAACUGAGAUAUUUUGAAGUUGCACUGACACUGGAGGCUCCUCCUGAUGCUCCUGAAGAGAGACUCGAUAUUGGUGCUCUUCAGUUGGAAGAGAUCACAGCGCCGGAGGAUCAAACCGACUUAAUGACUAGCACUACUACUACGACUACUACUACUGCUACAGAAGACACUGUUAUUGGAAGUAUACCUGAUUCAAUUCAUUCCUCACCCCCAACAAGUUUACCUAUAGCAGAUGAAAACAUCACAUCCUCGGCUAAUGUGGCAUCUGAAGCAGGUUCACCAGCUGAGGUCAAGGAGAUGAAAAUUCCACCCGCAACUAAACCUAAGCCUGGUUCUUUCCGCUUGGCUCAGCACAAAAAAACACCUGGGUAUUAUGUCACCUCAGCAGCAGAAAAGAAACUUAAUGCCAGUCCUGGAAUCCAGAGGGAGGCUCAAGGAAGCGCAGAGAGAGCAAAGUUACCACCUCCUCCUCUUCCUCCUCCCUUGCAGUGUCAAGAGGAGACAACAGGAGGCGCUAAUGUUGAGCUGAGCCCUAAAGGGGAUGACAAGAAUGUUGCCUUCAUGCGAAUGACUAGGCAAAGUAGUUUGCCAUUUAAAGGACCAACUACAGGGUUAAGCUUGGAAAAAUUAAGGAGCUUUGCCGCCGCUAGGCCUUAUUCUCCUGCGACCCCAUCCCGCUUCGCCCAGGCCGUGUCCUCUGCUGUAAAAAGGAGCCAUUCCUUAUCACAUGGGCCUCAGUCUCCUCAGUCUCCUGUUUCACCGUCCUUAUCCCCAAUCCGAAAUCGCUCAUCAUUCAUAGAAUCCGAAGGAUUAUCUGAGAUUAAGGAUGGUGGAAAAGGAGACGUGGAAGGCGACAAAGACUCCCCUCUGCAGGUUGCAGAGGGUGAACCGACAUCUUUUGGUGGGGUUGUUCAAAUGGAAGGAGAGAGUAAUCCAUAGCAGUGCCUUCAUUCUUUUGACAAUACAUCAUCUACUGAGGAGCUUUCCUGAAACCUUUAAUGGCCCAGAAGCGGUCCGAACUGUCUGCUUUACCUCUUUUAACAGUCUCCAGCAGUGUACAUAAAAUUAUGUAUUUUGAUAAUUAAUAAUUACUGUAUCUGUUUUCUUUCUCUCACAUGUCAUUAAGUAAUUUCCCUGGCGCUGGCCUGAUAUUGUAAAGCUUCUCUUUUAUUUUGUGUGAUGACUAUCGCAUUUAAUGCAUUACUGUUGUGAGUAAAUAAGAACGUUAAAUGAAAACAAUUCUAUAAAUUAUUAAAAACAAGUAUUAUCUAAAUAAUACUGGAUGUGAGGACAGACGAGGUUUUUCCUAUGGUACUUAAAUGCUCCUUUAUAUUAUACCACACAUAUAUUUAAGUAUUGCAGAGUUUUGAUUAAACUAUUUGCAUUUAAAUACACAGAGGUUGUUUGUGUCAAGCUGUGUUGUUAUGAAUAAAGCUUCUAUCAUUUU